AUGUUCUCCAAGGCCACUCUCUUCUUCACUGCUGCAGUCGUUAUUGUCGCCGCAGGCGCCACUCCGACCACCAGUCCGUGCAACACUGGACCCGUCCAGUGCUGCGACCACACCCAGCAGGCCAGCGGCCCUACCACUCUGACCGGGAUUGGUGAAGUUGAUUUCGGUGACACAAGCACGCUCAUUGCAUAUGGGAACUGCAGCCCGGUACUACCCGUCCUCGGUGGCCCCAAGUGCCAAGGCCAGACCGUCUGUUGUGACAAUACUCAGUUCGAGGGCCUCGUCAAUGUUGGUUGCACCAACGUCGCUGUCUAA